AUGGAUAAACGAAACAUGGAUUCUGAUUCUGAAAAGUAUACAGAAUUUUCAAAAACUCAAGAAAAAGAAUCAAACGAUGAAUCCAUUGAGGAAGAAACUCCUUUGUCACAAAGGAAUAGUGAAGAACAUAAUAGCGACCAUGAACAUAUACGAAUAACGGAUGAUAUACCACCAGAAAUCCAAGAACUCUUGAAUACAGAUCCGAAAACUGGUUUAUCAACGGAAGUGGCGCAGUCUCGUUUAGAAAAAUUUGGCAAGAACGAAAUUGGAGAAUCUAAAACAAAUCCCUUUUUAAAAUUUUUGUCGUACUUUAAAGGAUCUAUAGCGUAUCUAAUCGAAUUAGCGUGUAUUGUGGCAGCGAUAGUACAAGAUUGGGUUGAUUUUGGUAUAAUACUCGCGUUAUUAUUUGUCAAUGCAAGCAUUGGAUUUAUUGAGGAAUCACGUGCUGAAUCCGCUUUAGACGCGUUAAAACAAACAUUAGCGUUAAAAACGAGAGUACGACGUGAUGGAAAAUUUGUCGAAUUAAACUCGACAGAUUUAGUACCAGGCGAUAUCAUUGCGUUACGUUUAGGUGAUAUUGUGCCUGCUGAUGCUAAAUUAUUGGGUAUCGGUGUUAAUGGUUCAAGAACUGAAGAAAAGUUGCUAGUGGACCAAUCUGCUUUAACAGGUGAAAGUUUACCUUUACGCUGUCAAAAAGGUGAUAGUGUUUAUUCGAGUUCAACGGUUAAGCAAGGUCAAAUGUUGGCGAUGGUUUUUAAAACCGGAGCUGAUACCUACAUUGGUCGUACUGCUUCAUUGAUAAACAUGACAGUUGAUCAAGGUCACUUUCAAAAAGUCAUAAAUAAGAUUGGUAAUUUCUUGAUAUGGAUCACCGCUAUUCUUGUUACCAUAAUAUUCGUUUAUCAAGUGGUAAAAUUUCGAAAUACUCCAGAAGGAGAUGUGUUGAAAAUAUUGCAACACAUUUUAGUAUUAACAGUUGGAUUACCGACUGUUCUUUCUGUUACAAUGGCUGUCGGUGCAAAACAAUUAGCAGUUAAAAAAGUGAUUGUAAAACGAUUAACUUCUAUUGAAGAAUUAGCUUCCGUAUCUGUACUUUCUACCGUGGUAAAUUUGGAAACUAAUGAAACCUUUCAAAUUGCCAAAGGUGCACCUCAAGUCAUUAUUAAACUUGCAGGUGGAAAUGAAGAAACAUCGCAAGCCGUUAACGAUUUGGCCAAAAGAGGUUUACGAGCAUUGGGCAUUGCUAAAACCGAUCCUAUAGAUAAUAAUCGUUGGAAAUUGAUCGGAUUCAUUAGUUUAUUGGAUCCUCCAAGACCGGAUACCAAGGAAACUAUUGAAAAAUGUAGAAAUCUUGGGGUCAAAAUUAAAAUGAUUACGGGUGAUCAAAUGAUCAUUGCUAAAGAAGUCGCCCAUAGACUUGGUAUGGGAAGAGUCAUUUUAGAUGCAAAUCAUCUAGUUGAUUCAACAAAAUCAUUACAGGAGAUCACGGAACAUUGCGAACGUGCUGAUGGUUUCGCUCAAGUCACACCCGAACAUAAAUUUAAGGUCGUGGAAUUCUUACAAAAGAAAGGUUAUUUAGUCGCAAUGACUGGCGAUGGGGUUAAUGACGCUCCUGCAUUAAAGAAAGCCAACGUUGGGAUUGCUGUUCAGGGAUGUACCGACGCCGCACGUUCAGCUGCUGAUAUCGUCUUGUUGGCACCAGGAUUAUCAACCAUCGUUGACGGCAUUUAUACUUCGCGUGCAAUAUUUCAGCGAAUGAGAUCCUAUGCUUUAUAUAGGAUCACAUCUACUAUUCAUUUUCUACUAUUUUUCUUCAUCAUCAUCCUAGCUUUCGAUUGGACAUUACCAGCUGUAUUAUUGAUCUUGAUAGCAAUAUUGAAUGAUGCAGCUACUAUCGUUAUAUCAGUUGAUAAUGCUCAAAGAUGUUAUCGGAGUUACUCCAGUGCACCACAUUUUUUAAUAUUUGCAACAAGAAUACCGGGACAUUUCUGGGAAAAUAUUCCUUCACCAUUGUUUGUUACAUCAAUCAUUGGUACACAAAUUUUUGCAUUAUUGAUUUCGGUAUUUGGAUGGUUAUCUUCAUCCAUUAGUUUGUUAUUGGCUGUAAUAAUUCUUUUGGUAUCUUUGGGAAUAUUUAUCUUUCUCGAUUUUAUUAAAGUGCUGAUAUUUAAAAAUUGGUCGUUUGAAUUAACGGCAAGGUUAUGGCCUACUUCAAAACGAAGAACUAAAUUAGCUGUAAGAAAAGAACAACAUGCAAAGAAUAAAAGAGUUAAUGAAAACUUUUCUAGAUUAAGAAAAGUGUUGAUUGUGAUGAGAGUUAUUAAAAAUUUUCGGGAAGCAGCAGAUGAAAAGAAAACGGAGUCCAGGGAUGAUCAAGAAAAUAAUGAUGGUGAUAUUAAUAGUGUUUAG